GAGGUGCCAUCCACGGAGGAGUCCAUGUCUCCGGGGCCCAACGGCCUCAGCUUCUCCACUUUGCAGCAACCACUGCGAGGCACUCCGAUCAGAGAGGGGAGACUUUGGUAUCUCUCUGCAGAAGAUCAGGUCGACGCUGUGCACUUUUCGCUCUAUGUGAAUGGCUUCUUCUUCAAGCAUGAAGGCGUGGAGGUCUCUAUCUCCUUGUCACCCUUCGUGCUCGUCCGGAAUUGUAAGUUCCAAAGUGGCUACAAUGCGACGCUUACGGAUGUGAAGAUUUUCAAAAUCUCAUUGUUCGCGCACAGCGCUUGCUACUACUUCGGGGUCCGCUCGGAUGAUGAGCGCUGGGCAGAAGAGGAGAGAAGCCGUUGGGUCUUGGACGUCUCGCGGGCAAUUCGCCUUGUCACGCAGAGCCUUUUUCCGCCCUUCCACAUCACAUGCGCACCGGUAGAGGGUGUGCCUCGAACCCGGCGGCGUUUGAUGGCGGGCUAUUUGGUGCAUCAUGAGGAUGUCUCUGUGGCCUCGGUGGUCUACUUCGAGCUGCAGGCGCACGAGAAGGGCAUGGCCCGGAUGAUGCUCUACGAGAGCCAUCGCUGCCAGGGAGUGAUCGGGGAGAUUCCCUUGCACGAGAGUGCUAUGUGCUCCGAGAAGAUUGGCAUCAACUGCAGCUGCUUCAGUGUGGAGGACCAUCAGUUCUCCACCCGGACUCUGGCCGAGAGGAAACUGUGGUUGCGCGCCAUCUCAAACGUGCGGGUGAAGCUCCAAAACUGUGCACCGGAUCCAACCGAGGAAGAGCUCAACAGCUUCCGUGUGGCCAUCAAGGAGCAUCUGCUGAGCAUUCGCGCGGCCAUCCAACCUCCAGGCUUCAAGGUGGUCAACUCUGCAAACGGACUGAAGUGCCAGUCAAUGGACCCUCUACUCCAGCGAUGCCAUCCGCCUCCGAGGUGUCGCGGUAAUAAAGCACCCUACGGAUCAUUGCCAAUGAGCGUGACAGCCAUCAAAGCCUCUGGCCCAGGCCCAGGUGGAAAAAGCGCUGACAGUGAGGUGGCCGAAGAGAGCAGGAUCGAGCUGCAAGGCAUCCAGGUGGAGUUGAGACCAAUGCCGCGUGCCACAGCCAGGACCAGGUCCGAGGAGUUUGCUGUUGUGCCAAAGCCAGGCGACGGAUGACGUCAGCUUGAAGGCAUGGCAGCCGCCGGGUGACCACUUGUACAGCCAACCAAGUCCAUGGUUGAGUGCCGCUCGCCCCCCUCCUGGACGGAAGAUUUGUGUCCCUCCCCUACUGGUAGGUGCAAGGGGAACAACG